AAUUUAUAUAUAGCGGUUGGAAUUUCGGGUGCAAUUCAGCAUCUUGCUGGCAUGAAGGAUUCUAAAACAAUUGUAGCAAUCAAUAAAGAUCCAGAGGCUCCCAUUUUUCAAGUAGCAGAUUUCGGAUUAGUCGCAGAUUUAUUUAAGGCUGUACCCGAACUCACGGAGAAAUUAAAAUGCAGAAUAUUCGUCAGUGCGUAAAACAUUUAGCAUUUUAUGGUAGAAGUGCCAUAAAUGGAGCGAAUAUACUGUCAAACACAGUAAAAAUAUUAAAUCUACCAACAUGCAGUUUUCAUCUUUCUUCAAUAUGCAAUAAACAUAAUUUUCAAGGACCGAAGUUAUUUCUGAGUCAUAACAAGAAGAUUUUUCCACCUCAAAAACCAGAUGAAGAAAGAAGGCCUGCUUAUGUAUGUCAUAUGAAAGAAAAUAUAAAAUAUAGCCCAAAAAAAAUGUGGUACAUUGCUGCUUUUGUGAGAGGAAUGUCUGUGGAUGAGGCUGUAAAACAGUUGAGUUUUCUGCACAUGAAAGGCGCUGAAAUUGCUAAACAAAUUAUACUGGAAGCUCAACGUUUAGCUGUAGAAGAACACAAUGUUGAGUUUAAAAGUAACUUAUGGGUUGCGGAAUCAUUCAGCACCAAAGGCGUAGUAAUAAAAGGCUUACGACGUCAUGCUAAAUAUCGCAGAGGGAUUAUUCAUUAUAGAUAUUGCCAUUAUUUUGUACGCUUGGAAGAAGGACCACCACCUAAGCAUUACUAUUUGCCACAUCCUAAGAGUGGUGAAGAAUUGUUGGAAGAUUGGUUAAAAAAUAUGCAUAUGCGUAAAGUGUCGAAUUCUUUGUAAAAAAUUUGACAAAAUUUAAAGUACAAAUAUAUAUAUUAGAGAUAUG